CUGCGGCUCCAUCGCCGAGCGGACUGGCCCGCUGCUCUCAUCCGAGACCUCAGCGCACACUAUCGGAUCUAUUAAACCACCAGCGCCGGCUCCUGAAAGCCUCCAGAGUCUGCACAAAUGCAAGCGAUCAAAUGUGUGGUGGUCGGCGACGGGGCUGUGGGUAAGACCUGUCUGCUGAUUAGCUACACCACCAAUGCCUUCCCUGGUGAAUACAUCCCCACCGUCUUUGACAACUACUCUGCCAAUGUGAUGGUGGAUGGGAAACCAGUGAAUCUGGGCCUUUGGGAUACAGCAGGACAGGAGGACUACGAUAGGCUCAGACCACUGUCUUACCCACAGACGGAUGUGUUCUUGAUAUGCUUCUCCCUGGUCAGUCCGGCCUCCUUUGAGAACGUCCGAGCUAAGUGGUACCCUGAGGUGAGACACCACUGCCCCAACACGCCCAUCAUCCUGGUGGGCACCAAGCUGGAUCUGCGAGAUGACAAGGACACCAUUGAGAGACUGCGGGACAAGAAGCUGUCCCCCAUCACCUACCCACAGGGCUUGGCCAUGGCAAGAGAGAUUGGGGCCGUGAAGUACCUGGAGUGCUCUGCACUGACCCAGCGAGGCCUGAAGACGGUAUUCGACGAAGCCAUCCGAGCCGUGCUCUGCCCUCCGCCCGUGAAGAAGAGGGGAAAGAGGUGCACUAUGUUCUGAGGAGGAAACACUGCUAAAACACUACACUACAUCACCAUGUACAACAACCACUACUUCUCUGAGAGGAUGAGAGAGAAAACUAGCGAGCGUGAGUGUGCACUGCUGAGAUUGCUUUCUUUAUAUUGAUGUUUUUUCAAAGCGAUAUUGGUAACAAGACCAAUAUUUAAUCUGAUUUUUUUACCAUUACUGAAUAGGUUCAUAGGUUCUUUGUGAAAGACAUUGACUGUCCACCUACUUUGUACGCAUAGAACUACAUCAAGUUGCCACGAGGGCUGACAAAGGUUUCUAUUACUUGUCUUCAUACUACAUCUAUUCAUUCUCAGCCAUGCUUGCUUGAAUUAAUGCAGUGUUGACUAGAUAGAAAGUGAACUGUGAAUACGCCUUCAGGUCAGAAGUUACCCUCAGUGCCUGAUCUAAGAUCAGCAUGUGGAGACAAAACACAUUACUACUGACAUGCACACAGAAAUCUGUUGGACCUGACAGUAAAGACAAAAUACUACUGCCUGCAUUCACUAAAUUUCACAAAUAGAGCAUGGUGUCCUAAAUGAAAAUGUAGUUUUAUUUUCAGUUUAGUUCCAGUUUAUUUUCAUAGUUAUAACCCUCCAAUCAGUAAUAACGCUGUACUCACAGAGGUAAUUGAGAACGAGUCAAGAAAGUGCUUUACAGCAACUCCAGCUUUUGUCCUUAAUCUUGAAGCCCUAUCUUGCAGAGAGUGUCAAACUCUAGUUUAAGACCUCAUUAUCUCUGUUUUAUGCUUCUAUGUUGGCUAUUACCAAAUCAGUGAUUUAAAGCUGCAGUACUUUUAUAAAAAUAACUUUUUGUCAUAUUUGCUGAAAUUUUCACUAUAUCCUAACAGUAGUAAAGUAACCUGAUUUUUUUUCACAGAUUAUCUGUCUCGUGUACUACUGUCAGGAUAUAGUGAAAGUUUAAGCAAGUUAUUUUUACAAAAGUUACCAACUGCAUUCAUUCAUUCAUAUGACCACACAGAAAAUCUUGGACCAGGCAGUGUUUUAGCUUAAAGACUGACUGAAUGCCCUUUUGCAUAUCUCAGAAAUUACCUCAGUGACUACAAUGUUACUGAUACUGAUAGGAAUCAUAGAGAAUUUAUAUGGAAAAGACCUAGUAUAAGAUUUUAAUAGCAGUCAAAAGUAAGAGUGGUGACUUUUAACUCCAGGGACUCUUCACACGUUUUCUUCAUUUCUAGCUUUUCUCAUUUAGCCUUGCACAAAUCAUUAGUCUUAAACUAACCAUUAGUCUGAGUGUGAUGGCUCAUUCUUUACCCUGUGAAGAGCCGUUUGACUCUCAGUUAUCAGGUCCACUUACUCGGUUUCACCCUAACUUUCAGCCACAUCCUGCCGCCUGAUCAGCAGCUCAAUCGAAGACUACGAGAUGUGGCUGCAAACUGCUAUUUACAAGCUCAAUAAUUUAUCUUCCAGCUCAACUUGAGAAUUGUAAUUUGACAAAAUGGUCUUCCUUUUGUGCAAGCUUUCAACCGUAUCUGAUGGUGAAGACUUCUGUGGGUGAUUCUUCUAAGGCUGUGUAUUGGAAAAAAUUGGACAAUAUGUAUCACAAUACAGAGGUUAUAUUGUAAACAAUGGGAUAUAUUGUAAUUUUUUUAUUUUGUAAUUUAGGAAAAAUUCAUUGUAUAAAGAACACACCAAUAAUUGCUGAAAAAUGCUGCAAAACGCUGAAAAAUAAAUCAUAUUAUUGAAUACUCAUGUGUAUCAAUAUUAUCUUACACCGCUAUGAGAUGUGGUUGACGGCUCUGGAAAACGCUUGUACUUUGAGUUAAGAUCAUUUUGUCACAUUACCUUAAGUUGUUGCUAGAAUGUUGUUUCCAAUGUGUGCUAUACUUUUAUUACAGUUGUGUUCUUCCUUUGGACAAACAUCUGAUCUCAGUCAAGUGUCUUUGGGUAACUUUAUCUAACUGUGAACAUGUGAAAGACAAGCAUGCCAAACAUGGGGGCUGUACAACCUUGCUGCCUGAGUUCUGCCUCUGGGGGUGGAGAAGCUUGCAUGGGUCUUAAAAUAUUCUGUCUUAAUUUAUCCCAUUGUUUAGAUCUUGUCUCUGUUUCUGUGUGUGUGUGUGUGUGUGUGUGUGUGUGUGUGUGUCAGAGAGAGUGUGUGUGUGUGUGUCACAGGCGUGUAUAUGAACGCUGGUUGUUUGUGUGUGUGGACGAGCAUGUGUCGGUAUCAGUGAGACAGCUUUGUUUGACAGUUUGGGGUAGUGCAUAAAAGACAGUAUUGUUUUAAGCCAAGUUUUUUAGUGUCCAGUUUUUGGUACUAUUUCAUAUUGUAUUGUAGUAAUACACAAGACUUUUCAACAAUCUGUGGACAUAAAGAAAGAAAAAAAAAGGAUAUUAAUGACAUCUAGUGAUGUACAGAAUAAUCCUCAGAAAAGGAAUGCGUUAUGAAUAUCUAUCUAAAUGUACCUGAAUAUUUAGCUCUAAAACAAUUCAACCUAAAGGGAUUAUAGUCACUCAUGUUGAAGUUAGAAGUGUUGCUAACAGUGUACAAUAAAGGGGCCAAUCUUUGUGGGGUUUGUCAUUGUGGCAAACAGUGCAGAUUGCACCUUUAUGAAAUGCAUUUCUGUAUGGUUGCAAGGCCUGCAGUGUGUCUGUCUCCCCCGCGUGGUGAGACGCAGCACUGCAGUCCACUCUGUCACGCUGUCUUUGGUUGGCAUAGCAAACUGUGUGGUUGAAUCAUGUCGUGUGGUCCUGCCUAGCUAAGGUGUCGAAAUGUAGCUCAGAAAUGCAGCGAAAAAUUCUAAUCUACUAUUGCAUGGAAGUUAUCUGGUUAUUUGACCCACUGUAAUUCUUAGGAGAGGCUGUAUGAUGAAAUGCAUUGGCCAUGUACGUAUGUAAUGUAAGAUGACUUGUAUACUUGUUCCAACUGUUUGUCUUAUUUUUUAUUACUUCACAUGUCUGUGUGGUGAAAUAUUUCAAUUUUUUGUAUACUAAAUACAAAUGUAUAUGUAAGGUAA